AUGACGGUUCACAAGGUGAGCGUGCCCACUAACAUCAUUCGUUUUCUCAGCAAACCUUCGGUCGAGAACAAGGACAACAUGGGCGGCGACAGAAACCUCUCCCGGCUCUCGCAGCCCAAGGCCGACUACCCUCUGCUGGCCCGAAAGCCGGUCGGGAAGCUGAUUGAUAACAUCUAUCUCGGCCGGAUUGAACGCGAAUACAAGGAUGGCCAGUACGGGAAGGUCACUCUCUCGGCAAUGUAUGAUGAAGGCCGUGCCUCGGGUCGACCACAUGUGAAACUCUCUACUUGGGCAGCUCCAGGACAAGAGCGUCCCGGGUUCAAGGAUGCUGUCUCGCAUGAGUUCAAGGACACGGAAGUCGGCCAUGCCUUUGGUCCUUCGUGGACUACCCACUGGUUCAAGGUCCAGAUCACAGUCCCAGACGAUCUUCAGAGCAAGGAGCGUCUGGAAUUUCACUGGGACUCCGGCAGUGAGGGCAUGGUCUGGUCUGCAGACGGGAAACCACUGCAGGGCUUGACCGGCAACAAUGAGCGUAUCGAAUGGGUUCUUCCGGAGGCUUUCCGCGACGGCAAGGAGCACACCUUCUACGUCGAGAUGGCCUGUAAUGGCAUGUUUGGAAACCCUACCGGAGGCGACACCAUCCAACCUCCUGAACCUAACCGAUACUUCGGUCUCAGCAAGGCCGACAUUGUUGCUGUCAACGUACAGGCUCGACAGCUCCGUAUCGACAUGUGGAUCAUUGGAGAUGCUGCUAGGGAACUUCCCAGGGACUCAUGGGAGCAGCACCAGGCCCUUUCUGUCAUUAACCGGAUCAUCGAAACCAUCGAGGUGGGCAACCAGGACUCCGUCCUGAGGGCUCGUGAGAUCGCCCGGGAGUACAUCGGCAACGUCGACUCUGCGAAAGUCUACGAUAGCGAGAAAGAGCCCCUUGUCUAUGGCAUCGGGCACUGCCACAUUGACACAUGCUGGCUCUGGCCUUGGGACGAGACGAAGCGCAAGGUAGCACGGUCUUGGACGAGUCAGUGCAACCUGAUGGAGGAGUAUCCUGAACUGAACUUCGCUUGCUCUCAGGCCCAGCAGUACAAGUGGCUCAAGCAGUACUACCCGUAUGUAUUCGACCGGGUCAAGGAGAAGGUCAAGUCUGGACAGUUCCACCCGAUUGGGGGUAGCUGGGUGGAGCACGACACCAACUUGCCUAGCGGCGAGUCUCUUGUUCGUCAGUUCGUCUACGGCCAGCGGUUCUUCGAGUCCCACUUUGGCCAGCGCAGCCAGACCUUUUGGCUUCCUGACACGUUCGGCUACUCCUCGCAGCUUCCUCAGCUAUGCAGAUUGGCCGGCAUGGAUCGCUUCCUGACCCAGAAGCUGAGCUGGAACAACAUCAACAACUUCCCGCACACCACCUUUAACUGGGUUGCUCUGGAUGGCUCUCAGGUCGUUUGCCAUAUGCCACCAGCAGAGACCUACACUUCUGAUGCCCAUUACGGCGACGUCAGGCGUAGCGUUAGCCAGCACAAAUCCAUGGACCAGGAUCAUACCUCUCUCCUCGUCUUCGGCAAGGGCGACGGUGGCGGUGGCCCAACCUGGGAACACCUCGAGAAGCUUCGCCGUUGCAGAGGCAUAUCGGACAGGACCGGCGGCCUGCCGCGGGUUCACAUGGGCAACUCCGUCGACGACUUUUUCGACAAAAUCAUCCCCAAGGCCAACAAGCUCGUGACGUGGUAUGGUGAGCUCUAUUUCGAGCUUCACCGAGGAACCUACACCACCCAGGCGCGUAACAAGCGCAACAAUCGGACUUGCGAGUUCAUGCUGAGGGCUAUAGAGCUCUUUGCCACAAUCGCCUCGCUGAAAAACUCCUCGUACAAGUACCCCAAGGCGGACAUCGACAGCAUGUGGGAGGAUGUUCUCCUUUGCCAGUUCCACGACUGCCUUCCUGGAAGCUGCAUUGAAAUGUGUUACGACGACUCUGAUAAGCUCUAUGCCCGCGUGUACGAGACUGGGAAGAAAUGUCUCGCAGACGCCAGGGCUGCGCUAGGUGUAGGCGAGGAAACCACCAACACCACUGCGAUCGAGGACGCCACAGCACUCAACAGCCUUUUCUGGCCCAGGAAGAGUCUUGUGGAGCUAGGCAACACGGCGGCUGUCGCUUGCGGCGAAGGCCCAUACCUGACCCUGAGGGCUUUCAAGACGCCAACUGUGGAAGGGGCCGCUGUCUCGAUAGAAGAGGUGUCUAAGGGAGUCUUCGUCAUGGAGAACGACCAACUUCGGGUCAAGGUCGAGAAUGGCGUUAUCACAUCCCUUUACGACCGCCUCGCUGAUCGCGAGGUCCUCUCAGGGAAGGCUAACCAGUUCGUAAUCUUCGACGACAAGCCACUGUACUGGCAGGCCUGGGACGUCGAGGUCUUCCACCUCGAUUCCCGCAAGGAGCUCCGCGUCCACGACACUCAGAUCAGCGAGAAAAAGAGCUACCGUGUCAGCCUGACCAGCCGCGUUAAGAUCAGCGAGAAGAGCAACCUUGUCUCCACUAUCAGCCUGUCCGCCGCUCUCAAGGGCCAGCAAUCAUAUGUCGAGGUCAGCACCGAGGUUGACUGGCACGAGGACAUGAAGUUCCUCAAGGUUGAGUUCCCCGUCGACUUCAGAAACACCGAGGCCAGCUACGAGACCCAGUAUGGCAUCGUGAAGCGACCAACCCACUAUAAUACGACGUGGGACAUGGCCAAAUUCGAGGUGUGCUGCCACAAAUUUGCCGAUCUAUCAGAAUCCAACUACGGCGUCUCCAUUCUCAACGACAGCAAGUAUGGAUUCGCCACCUGUGGCAGUCUGAUGCGCCUGUCCCUCCUCCGCUCCCCGAAGGCUCCCGAUGCACAUGCGGACAUGGGAACCCACAAGAUCCGGUACGCAAUCUUGCCACACGAGGGCCCUCUCGGCAGCGCCACCGUCCGCGCCGGCUACGAAUUCAACAGCCCCCUGGUGCUGGCUCGAAAGCCCAAGACGUUGUCAUUCGAGGCCCCUGUCAAGCUGGUAGGCGACUCCGCAAUCGUUUUGGACGCAGUCAAGCGAGGCGAGGACGAUGUCGAUGUCAGCCGCGGCGACCUCCCCGCCCGCAAAGGCAAGUGUGUCAUCAUCCGACUGUACGAGUCCCUGGGAGGCCGUUCCCGCGCCGCCAUCAAGACGACAUGGGACGUCAAGAAGAUCACCAAGGUCAACUUGCUCGAGGAUGAGAUCCCCGGCGAAGGUGCGCUGGACACGGAUGAGGAUGGAAACUAUCCCAUCACCCUGCGACCGUUUGAGGUUGCCACCUACAAGCUGUGGCUUUGA